CUCGAACCCACCGCGAUCCCCCUCCCCUCCGCCCUCCGCACGCCGCCUCCGAACCCCAUCGCCCAUCCUCACUACGGCGACGGCUAUUGCCACAGCCGCCGCCAUCUUGACGCGUACGAGAUUCUGAGGCCUUGAUCUGAAACCCGCCUCGAUCCCACAGCCAUUCACCCACCGUUCCACCGGUCACGGUAGCGGCGAUCCCUACUCUCAGGCCGUAGCUACGACCUAGCCGGCGCCAUGCGACACGGAGGCGGAGGCAGGGGAGGUGGAGGUAAAAGAGGUCGAGGAAGAGGAGCGGGCUCCGGACGCAGAGACGCGCGCCCCGGCAACGAUUCGUACCGCGGCGACCGUGGUAGGCGCCACGACUACCGCUCCCGCCGCACCGCUUCCCCGGACCACCGCCCACGCCGCCCGAGGGGCGAGGACAACGACCGCGAUCCGCCCCGCGGCGGUCGCAUCGGCUACGGCGACCGUAGCCCUCCCCGCGGCGGCCGCACCGGCUACGGCGACCGUAGCCCUCCCGGCGGCGGCCGCACCGGCUACGGCGACCGUAGCCCUCCCGGCGGCGGCCGCACCGGCUACGGCGACCGUAGCCCUCCCGGCGGCGGCCGCACCGGCUACGGCGACCAUAGCCCUCCCCGCGGCAGCCGCAUCGGCUACGGCGACCGCAGCCCGCCCCGCGGCGACCGCAUUGGCUACGGCGACCGCAGCCCGCCCCGCGGCGACCGCAUUGGCUACGGCGACCGUAGCCCGCCCCGUAUCGGCCGCAUCCGCAUCGGCUACGGCAACCGCAGCCCGCCCCGGCGCGAGCGCGCUGGCUACGGCCACCUUGACGCGUCGCCCCGCCGCGGGCAUGCGCCGUACAAGGACGCCUUCGGCUCGCCGGGCGGCGACCGCCACGCUUCUCCCCGCGGGCGCAGGGAAUACGGAGAUAGCCGCGUCUCGCCCCCCGGGGGUAGGGACUACGAAAGGGCGCCCUGCCGCGAGGAGCGCGACCGGUACGGCCGCCCUGGCCGCGGUGCCGAUCUCGGGCACAACUCCCCGCCAGCCCACAUGCUCCCAGACCACCCGUCCGACCUGGGACGUUCAGCAUCCCUACGCGCUGACGACCAUAGCCUUCUCAAGGACGACUACCCUAGGGGAGGCCCUCAUCGGAGCAUCAGAAAGGAGAACGAGUUGUUUGCGAACGGUGACCUGACUCUCAGAAUAAGUGCAACUGAAAUGGGAAGGACUAGCGCCAUGUACUCCCAAGACCGCAGGCUCUCACCUCCACCACCUAUUUAUCCCUAUGUGCCACGUGAGACGGGAUUCUUGACAGGCGGAUCUGCCAUGAAGGCCAGUGAUGGUUAUGGUGCUGGAACUGGAAGCGCCCAGCGGCUGCAUGAUGAUGACGAUUUUAAGUACCACAAGGAUGCCCCACACAUUGAGAGGAGUAGAGAUAUUGAUAGGCAUUAUUCUGGCAGUAGGGACUUAGUUGUUGAGAAAGGUGGAGUUGCUGAAAGGUAUGCUUCUGCUGAUGAUCUGCCUUCUGGGAGGAUUCGAGAAACAGAGAGUCUUUACUCUAGUAGAGGUAUGCUGGAGUCUGACCUGGUGCCGUGUAGGCAGUUGAAGGUUCUUGGUGAUCCUUCCUCAGCUUUGCCUGCCAAGGACCACCAUCCAUACAGGAUGUACACUGAACCUGGCUACGAGACAAGCAACAGAUACAUCAUGGAGGGCCUUGGCAGGUCAUCUCAUGACUCACUGGGGCAUGGGAGUGACCAUCCUCAUAGGUUUUCAGGAGGUUCAUUAGAGCAUGUAAGCGGUCAUGGUGAUGAAACAUUAUUGGAUAUUGCAAGGCAGGCACACUCUAAGCAUACACCAAGAGCUGCAUCAUUGGAGUACGAUGUACAUGAUACGCAUAGUGAACCAGAGAACUUACGUGGGAAUGUCUCAAUGACUUCAAGGCACACAUCUGUCUCAACAUCUUUGAGAGGUCUUAGGGAUGAAAGGAUUAACGACAAUCUGAGGUUAUCCCGUAGGAUUGAAGAAGAUGAGGGUAGCAUUGAAUCCAUGCAUCAGGACACAGAGCACUUAAUUCGUCAUUGUUACAACGGUGACGCUUCUGUACAGUACCAAACAGCAAGGGGUGGUGAUGAUCACUAUUCCCACUCCCCUGGAACUGAACCUAUUGGAAUUGCAAGGCGGCUAGCUCAUCAACAUGAGUUUGAUUCCUUUGGUUACUCAAGUGAUCAAGAAGCUUCCCUUAUGGUUUCUAGGAAAAGAUGCAGGAGUCCUGAAUAUCAUGAUCAUGAGAUUGAUAUGUAUCAAGCUGAUCAUGGGUUUGCAGGACAUGAGCACUAUGAUGAUGAUGUUGUUGAUGAAUAUGAUAUACCCCCACCAAGAAUGUCACGGUUUGAUGAUGAAUAUGAUGAAAUACAUGAUGUGCUAGCUAAUCGUGAUGUUUUCUCAAGGAUUUCUUUGCCACAUGAAACCAAUCAGGAAUGGACUGAUAUGGAUCAGGGGAACCAUCCUCAUUCUAACAUCUUGGGUUACGGGUGUUCAAAACACGUACCUAUGCAUCAGAGGUUGUCUAAACCCAAUUACCACUCACAAUUUGGGGAAACUCCCAUGCAUGGAAGAGGAAGAGGAAGAGGAGGAUUGACUAAAAGUGCCAAAAAGGGACUGAGAACUGCUCCUCAUCAGUUGCAUGAUGGGUACCCAUCAGGUAGAAAUGAAUUUGUUAGACCAAAUAAAUUUUCAAAGUCGUCAAAAGAUGAACUUAAUGGUUCUGAAGUGAAGCAUGAAGAUGCUCCAGAGUAUGAGGAUGUUCCUCUGCAGAAAGAUCCACCAGAAGGUUCAGAGGAGUUCAGUAAACAGGUUGAUGAAGCCUUUCUUAAGUACACAAAGAUAUUAAAUGAGAGUCCAGCUAUGCAGAAGAAAUACCGGGAGGCGCCAAAAGGAUCUUUGCCAUGCUGUGUCUGUGGCAGUGUAGCGAGGAAAUUUCUGGACCUUGAUGCAUUGCUAUCACAUGCUUAUGAUACAUGCAAGGCCGGUUUGAAGACAAAACACUUGGGGUUUCACAAAGCACUGUGUGUUCUGAUGGGGUGGAAUUGGCAUGUUGCUCCAGACACAUCUAAAUCACAUCACUCCAUUCCAUCUGAGGAAGUAAAUGCCAUGAGGGGAGACCUCAUGCUGUGGCCUCCAGUUGUUGUGAUACAUAACAGCUCGACUGGUCAUGAGGCAAAGGAUACUGAUGCAAAGAUUGUGUCCAUAGAAGAAAUCGAAGGUGUAUUGGCAGAUAUUGGGGUAGCGCAUGAGAAGGCUAGGGUUAGCCAUGGAAGAUCAGCCAAUCAGAGCGUGUUCCUGGUGAAGUUCCAGCCAACAAUAUCUGGGUUCCAAGAAGCCAUGAGAGUGCAUACCCAUUUCUCCACCAGAAACCAUGGCAAGGAAGAGUUCCAGCUGAUGAAAGGCAGCAAAGGUAAGAAGGCUGCCUCCACUGAUAGCCUGGAAGAGCUGCUGUAUGCGCAUAUUGGGGUCGUGGAAGACCUGGGGCUGCUGGAUGAGGGAACAAAGAAGAGAUGCAAGGUCAUGAGGAAGAAGGAAAUUGAGGCAAAUGCAGAGGCAACACUGAAUUUAGAAGUUUAUUAGGUCUAGUACUAGGAUCCGAACCAUUUGAAGUGGUCCUCUUUUGCUUCAUCUUGCAGCUGCUUGCUUGUCCUUGCGGCUGUAACGUCAAAAGAAGAAAAGAAGUGUAAAUUCUGCUUUUGCCAUUAAAGAGUGACGAAACUCAGUUGGCUUCUGUCUGCUGGGGAAGGCCUGCCUCGGUUUGCAUGGCAUGGCAAGGACAUAAUUUUGUGGCUAGAUGGGGACACCUUAACGGCAAAAGCAGAAUUACCUGGUCGAAGAACCGAGUUUAAUCUUUAUAUUAUGGAAUCCCUUCUUUUUUUAAGUC